UCCGCGAGAAAUGGCAUCGGCCUGCAGCGGCAGACAGUCGCCGUCUGAAGAGCAGCACUAACGGGGCUGCUGCGCAUGAAUCGCGCUGUAUUCUGAGACGUACCAGAAUAUGCGGUGCUGAUACAAAAUGAAAACCAUAGCAAGGACAUCUUUUGAGAACCAGUCUGUUGGAAGAGUGGACAUACGGAGUUUCACAUUCAAUUCUGUGGUUUUCUGGAUAGCGUUUUACUAAUAUCACAGAUUGAAAAGUGAUGCCAUCAGCACAUCCGCAACAUUAUUUCAUCAUGGAAAAUCUGAAAUCAGUGAACACUAUUGCUUCAACGCAGUUAAGUGGAGAAUCAAGUACCUUCAUCUGCACUGAAUGUGGUGAUGGGUUCAGUCAGUACUCUAAUGUGUUGGCUCACAUGGCCAUUCAUGGACCUUUGGAGUCAUUUUCCUUGGAUGGCUCAUCCAAUGGAUUUGAAGUCCCUCGAGAAUAUGUCCUACAAGAAAAUGGUACACUGACAGUUCUGAAUGGUUUCGAGACACAUUCUUCUGUGAAACCGGUAUCUCCUGGAGUCCUGCCAUCGCAUUUCCCAUCCCCCAUGAAACCAGUGUCUCCAACCCUCAGGCCACAGCCUUCUCCUUAUAAAGAUGUUUUCAGGCCAAGGCCAUCAGACUCUAACAUGGACAAGUCUCGUCAGGGCCAUUAUCGUUGUGAAAUAUGUAGCAGGUCAUUCAACAGCCUACAGAGUUUACAUCGUCACCAGCAGUAUCGAAACACAGAGCGAGGUUACAAGUGCACUUUGUGCUGUAAGAUCUUUGAAGGUCGACAGGACCUUAAGAAACACCUCCAAGACCAUGCCAAUGAAAGGUUUCACUGCUGUAGUCAUUGUGGUAAGCGAUUCCUGAAAAUGGAUGCACUUAAUGCUCAUCAAAAAGAAAAUCACCUCAUCCUCAAGGCUACAGCUUUGAGUAAAUCUUUGAUUAAGCAGGAAAAGAAGAUUGAGAAAACAUACACUUGUAGAAAGUGCAAGUGCAAUUUUUUCUGGAUGUCAGAUUUUCAGACACAUUCAUUGUACCAUUGCAAAGGAAAAGGACCUGAUGCUACUUUUGCAUCCGAAAUCGAAAUUGAGGUGAACUCUAAGAACAUAGAACACAUACCACGUCAAAACUGCUACAGAAAUGGCACAUCCAUUGAUGUUAAGAAUGGUGAUGGCAACAUCUUAAGGGAUACUAGUGAUGAGAUUGAUACUGAAUUGUCUUCCACACCAUAUAGAUGUGGUUUAUGUGGGGAUCGUUUCCAAAAGCUAACAGCUCUGAAAGAGCAUCAUCUCACACAUCAAACUCAGGAGGAAAUAGAUCAGCUAAAUCAGGAAUCACAAAUAACCUUUAAGCGAAGAAUGCCACCUAAAGGCCGACGUAGAAGAGCGAGUAAUCCAAAUGGCAAACUGCAUCCUUGCAAGCACUGUCAUCGAGUCUUUAAUCAUUCUAGUAGUUUAUCUCGGCACAUGAGAUACCACAAGGGUACUAUGCACACAUGUGUAUUUUGUGGUAGACAUUUUCCCCAGCGCUGUGAUUUGAGAAGGCAUAUAGCCAUGUACCACAAAACUGAACUUGAAAAGAAACCAGGUUUGAAGCCCUUAUACACAAAUCCACAAAAUGGUCCUGCCCCAGAUUUUCUUAAUGGUGACAAAAACUCAAGCUCACCUGAUGAGAAAGCCAAGAGCUCCUCUGACAAUGAACAAACGCCGUCACCAGAGCCACAUCCAAAGGGGAAACAAUCCGGAAAAGCAGGCCGAGUUAACUACAAGUGUCAGGAAUGUGGAAAGAGAUUUGGGCUGCUAUGUGUGUACCAACGCCACUUGCGCUAUCAUAAAAAGGAACCUAGUAAAUGUCCGAGGUGUCCAGCUCAAUUCAAGAAUCCUUCAUCCCUGGAGCUUCAUCUUCAAAAUCAUCCUGGCACUGGAGAAGCUAAUGCUGUUCGGCAAACCUCUCGCGGCACUGGUUCCAGUGGGGACCCUGCCUUAGACAAGGGUAAUGCAGAGGACAUAGAGGAUGACUUUAUGGAACAUACUGAAAAUAAUAAAGGAAAUUCUUCGGAGGUUCUUUAUGAAUGCACUGAGUGCACUGAGACAUUCUCAUGCUUGGACACGUUUCUUCAGCACCAGACUUCUCAUGGCUCAGAAAACAACGGGUAACUAUCACAUCAGACCCACUUGUUGUUGUAUUGUUAUUGCCAACAAUCAAGCUCUCAGUAGUUGAGUGUUUUUGACUCAGUAGUUAUGCAAAUAUUUUAAUAACUGUAUAUUGAUGUAAAGUCUGUAAAGUUUCUUUUUGAAUAAUGACUUUUAUACACAGUUUUUCUUUGACAUGAAGAGAAAUUUCAGUUUAUUAGUGAAUUUCAGAAACUAAUGGUAAUCAAGAGACGAGGCUUAGAUGGGGAGCAUACCAAAUACAUUUUGUAUUGAUCAUAAAAACAUUUUGACAUCUGUUAAUUUAAACCUAGUAUUCUCCCACAGGCUACAAGCACAGUUAACUGUUACAUGAAGCUUCACAUUGUAUUUUUAGUGGCUAACUAUCAUGUUUUGCUUGCAAUUUUUGUGAUUUUGAUAUUGCCUGUAAUACGUGGUUUGUGUACCUGUCUUCCUUUUGAAAGGGUAGAUUUGUCACGGAAUGGAUUUUUAAUUGUGCCAUUAAAAUUGUACAGCGAAAUUA